UGGGGGUGGUUGAUCGACCGUACCCGCCGUCGCUUUUCUACUCGUCCUGCCGAGCCCCGACAUUCAUUCCACCCCGAGCCGGCGGAUCCGCUAGGACGUGCCCGUUCUCCAGCUCGUAGCCAGCCGAGAAGGACCACCGAGGGACCGUUGAAGGGAAAACGAAGGGACGAAUAGCGGCACAUCGAGCGAAGGGCGAACCGGCGGUCGCUGCGACUGGAAAGAUGACGCACAACUGGGCGUGGUUGUUGUUGCUGUUCUCGUUGCUCUCGAUAGGCAUGUCCUUGCCUACGAGUCUGAUGGAGGACGUGAAGAAAGCGGAUCAAGCCAUGAAGCCGAAAUCGAAACGAGCGCAGGAGAUGCUGAUGUUCGGCAAUCAACAGAACCGGCAGGCCAACGCCGUUGGCGAGUCCUUCACGUCGAACGCGGAGAAACGGACCCUCGCUUCCUCGGGGCUGGGAGGCUUAAAAGCGGCUCUCGCCGAGGACGAUAAACCAUCUCAGUCCAAACAGCCCAGCAAUUCCAUGUACGAGCACGAGACUUACUCGCCAUACGACAGGAAUUAUGAUUACGGUAAGAUUCUCGUGAACGAGGUCGAGGAGGAUGGACCGCGCGUAUGGGACGUGCUACCGCCGUACUCUCGAUACUACACAAGCGAGGAUCGGCGCAAGAGAUCGGACAAGUCCACGGUGACGGUGCGGCCGAGCAGCACCACCACGCUACAGCCUCCGAGCAGCUCGUUCCAAGUACCAACGCCUACCCAGCAACCGGUGCAAGCUCAAGUUAAGAGGAGCGUCCCGUUCUAUCAGGAACCACGGUACAAGCGAGAACUGCCGUUGGACAUCGAUCCCGAUGACGUGCUGACUCUUCUGUCGCUGUGGGAAAACGAGCGGCGCAACGGGAACUGGCGCAAGUACGCUAAUGAGGAAUACGAAAACAUGAUGGACGACGGCGGUCUGCUCGACGAGGAAGACGCUAGGAACGUUCUUCCGUGGAUGGACGCGCCGAUGUACCCAUCGCGGCAUUAUGCUGAUACGUUGUCGCCCUCCGACAUUGGAAUCGUACGGACUCAUCCGCCCAGCUAUUACGAGCAGUACGGCAACCAAUUGGAGCAACAGUACGGAGGCGCGAGUCAGUACGGUGCUCCGCAGUACGGUAGUUCGCAGUACGGCAAUACGCAGUACGGCUUCCUCAACCUUUAUCCUCAACGUGCCUACUAUCCUCAGGAGAAAAGGUUCAUGAUGUCUAAAAAGCGUGCACAGAGCUACGAUCCCUACGCAGCCGCGCAGCUGCAGCUAAGUUCCCAACCGCGAAGUUACCAGUAUCCUCACCGUAUGGUCUAUUAAACGGCUCGCGACGCGGAGCACGUCCGGGGGACGGCGGGGAAACGGGAGAUCUCUCGCUGACGAGGAUUCUACCGGGAAAGGAAAAUAAUCAGUCGACGACGCAUUUCCGGGAGCCAUUCGGCGCUUUCCUUCGACGAACCGCUCUCGCUGUCGCUCUUCUUCAGCUAUUCUCCCUUUCUCGCAGAAAACGUGAAAGAAACCAGAAACGGCGCUCGGACGCGAUAAGCGAGAUCGUUUUACUCGUUCUAAGAAACACGGUGCUCAUACAGAGAGAAGCUUUCCUCGAGUUGCAAGAGCCGCGCUGAAGACCUGGGAGACUGGGAAGUCGAUUCGUGAACAAUCCUCCUGUUUCGAGACUUGGAAGUACCUCGAAAUACAUAUUCAAAACGACAAAUUCGUAUUUAGAAUAUGUUUUAUCUCGUAACGAAAACCAUUGGGUGACACACGAGACGAAGGUAAUACAAUAUACGUGGGCGGAAUGACGCCCCCUUCUCUCUCUCUCUCUUCUCUGUUUAAAACGUAUUUUACGAGACAGUGUGCAAACAUAUCAGAGUCCACGACUCAAUUCGAUUCGCCGUGCCGCUUAAACGUGAGUUCAUUUUCCGAGCGGAUGAUUAAUUUGACGAUUUCUCAAUCGAUCGCGGUGACGGAAACGAAAUGUCAAAAAAAGCUUCAGCGCGCUCUUGUUACUUACUCGCUUAAUAAUGUAAUGUUACGAUUUUAAGCUCCUUUUUGCGUGUAACGCGGGCGACGCGCCCGCAAUGACGCUACGACUGAAUCAUUAAAACAAUCGUAGUAUCGAAUCAAAUUAUCCUCAGGCUUGGUUUUACGACUUUGUGACUGAUAUAUGAUAUAUACAUAUAUGUAGCCCGAUGGAAAUAUUUUGCUGAAAGUACUAUGAAAUCGAUAAAAUGAAAAUUAGUGAAAAAAUAUUGUAUAUAAAAAUAAAUCAUAAUUUUCCUUGUGAAAUCGCAAUGUAAUACUGUGAAAUAUAAGGAAGGUUAAAGUAUACUGUUGACAAGUAAUAAGAAAAUGUUAGGAUAUUAGAUGUCAUAAAACUUACUAAAUAUAACUGAAAUUGCAUGACUUCUUAAGGAAAAAUUGCUGAAAUAUCGAUCAAUUUUUUUCCGGAAAUCUUGAUAAAAUGAUAAUGAAAUAAACUUGGAAUCGAUUGAGGGGAGAUUUCCAAAUACAUUUCAGCAAAUUUUCAUUAUAUUUUCAGUAAAGCUUCCACCAGGGUACAUGUACAUAUAUGAAGUGAUAGUUUCGUUCUUGAAUUAGCGUGAGACUAGAUGUAGGACUGUUCGUCUACUAGGUAAUCCGGACGCGGUAAGAUUCGGAAUCGGAGAGAAAACGAGAAGGCGAGAAAUAUUUAAGAAAUGUUUGAUGUAUAUGUAAAAGAGAUGAGAAAAAAGCGUAGGAAAAAAAAUCGAACGAGACUCCACUAUGCGCGAGAGGUAAAUUUCACUUCAGCGCUGUCUCUACGACAACGGGCUAACAAUAAGACGUUGGAAAUUUCUCCUUAAACUUUCGUGGCUGCGCCAAAUGCAAAGUGUCAAAAAUUAUGUAUAAAGAUGUCAGCGCGUUGACCGAGGUGCGAACUGAACGUCAGCUGGUUUAAUUAAAUCGAACCGUCGUCUUGUCAUACUCACAUCAGUUCUAGGAAACGAGGAGGGAGGAAAAAAGACGAAUUAAGAGCGUGAUACAAUACCGGACAAGUUCUCGUAAAGUUUUCUUCGAACCAAACACGGCCUUCCAUAUUCAACACUCCGAGGAGACUGAACAUCUCUAUAAUUAAUAUAGUUGUAUUCGUUGUAUGCGCGUCUUAUUGAGCGACGUAUAUACUUUUAUUCCUCACCGAUCCCCGAUUAACUGAAGAUACAGGGUGCCUCAAUGUUUCCCGCGCUUCAUAUUUGUAAAUUUCCCCGACUAAUUGUGACCUUCGAGUAAUUCGAAACUGAUUUGCUUCCAGUAAGCAAAUUAAUCGCAGACUGCGCGCAGAUUGCGCCGUCAGAAAUUUGGAGCUCGAAAUCUGUUUGCGCAUCUGUUUUGGCUAUCUAGUUGGUCAAGAUCUCAUCGAAGAGUUUGAAAUAGAAACUUGAAGCACUCUGUCAAGGUAAUAUUUCGCAUUCUCGAUCACGACGGUGAGGAACCGUUCAUGAUUUUGUUUUCUACAUUUACCUAUUGUUCAGCGUAGUUAGGUUUAGCUAAUAGUAAUAUAUAAGUUUGAUCAGGAACAUUCAGUAUUCGCUAUGUGCAAUUAAUGUUAUUAUACUGAACGGACGAUGAUUACUAUUAUUGUAAAUGAAAGAGGAUCAGCCAAUUGUAGCUUUACUCUUUUCGAAUAAUCUCGCAACGACGCACGAUCGAUGUUCAAAGCAAGUUUUGCCGAAAGCGUGUAUUUUUGUUACGUAUCGCAGCAAAAAGGGCAGCAGCAUGCCGUUUAAUACACGUACAUAAUUUUCCACAUGUAAUUUCCCCGUUUACACGUUUCUGCGUCUCUUCCUGUUAUUAAUAAUAUUUGCGCGCCAAUAUUAUAUAUACACAUAUACACACACACACACACACACACACACACACA